CGUUUGGGCCGACGCUUCAACCAAAUAAAGAUAUCGCCGAGCUAUGACUCAAGCGCCAAGCCGACUAAAGUGCUCGUGCCCUCGAAAUUUUCUAGUCCCAAAUAACCCCACCUGGGACUCUAAUCUGCGACAUAUCCAACCCUCCCUGCCAAUCAUCUCAAAACAAUUUCGGUAGCGGUAGCGGCGAAGAAACGAAGAGCAAAACCCCAGUGAACGACCUCUGAACUCGACGGAAGGCAGAAGCCAAGCAAAACCCUAGCGAUCUAAACAGAGAAAAAGAACAUGGAAAGAUCGAGGUCGAAGAGGAGCUACCAUUACGAACACGACUCCAACUCCCAAAGCCCUCCCCACCGCUCCAAGCCCCGCUACGAUGGCGGCCACCACCGCCGCGGAAACCACCACCGCCGGGGCGGCGACCGCCGGGCCCCGCCCCCUCCGCCUCCCCCUCCCCCGCCACCGGUGCCGGGGGCGGCGGCGCUGGCCUCCUCAUCCUCUGCCUCCUCCCCCAAGAUCCAGGACGGCGCGGGGCCACCCAGCGCGGUUACCACCUUUUUCCGCAUUCUGUGCCCCGACUCGAAGGUCGGCGGCGUGAUCGGCAAGUCCGGGAGCAUCAUCAAGAACUUCCGUCAGCAGACCGGCGCGUGGAUCAACGUCCACCAGCUGGUCCUCGGUGACGACGAGCGGAUCAUCGAGACGGCGGACAACCGCCGCCGGGAGCCCGACGGCCGGCCCCCGCAGUACUCCCCAGCCCAGGAGGCCCUGCUGCUGAUCCACGAGCGGAUCGUGGAUGCAGAGUUCGAGUAUAGCGGCGGCGGGGACGAGGAGGACGAGUAUAGCGCGGGCGGCAGUGGUGGAGGCGGAGGAGGGUGGGGCGGUGGAGGAGGAGAGAGGCGAAGGGAUAGGGGACGGGUAACGACGAGGCUGGUGGUGCCGAGGACACACGUCGGGUGCUUGCUUGGGAGGGGAGGGAAGAUCAUUGAGCAGAUGAGGAUCGAGACCAAAACCCACAUCCGAAUCUUGCCGCGGGAUCAGUACACUCCUCAGUGUGUCUCGACUUCAGAAGAAGUCGUUCAGGUUGUUGGAGAAGGUAAUUGUGUGAAGAAAGCUGUUGCAACCAUCUCAUCUCGUUUAAAGGAGAGCUUGCAUCGUGAUCGUGGAGCUUUUCGUGGGCGAUUGCAUUCACCAGACCAUUACAUUACCCCUGAUGAUGAGUUUGCCAACAGUACGCAACAUGCAUUGACAGUGGAAGAAUCUGAUUUGGGGUCACGAUCUUCUGUGGGACAAAAUAGAGCUAGAAUCAAUUCUUAUAGUUCAGAACCAUCUGGAUAUGCAUUUGAUUCUGAUGGAAAUACUCUGAAUGACCACUCACAGUCAUUAUCCUAUGAGGACCUUGUGUUUCGAAUUCUUUGCCCCAAUGAUAAAGUUGAGAGUGUUAUGGAAGCACCAAAUGGAAUUAUUGAAAUGCUCCGAGCUGAUAUAGGUGUGGAUGUGCAGGUUACUGAUCCUGUACCCGGUUCUGAUGAAAGAAUCAUAAUCAUCACUUCUGAAGAGGGCCCGGAUGAUGAUCUUUUUCCAGCUCAGGAAGCUUUGUUGCAUAUUCAAACUCACAUUGUAGACCUUGGUCCUGACAAGGACAACAUCAUAACAACAAGGCUUCUUGUUCCAGCAACAGAAAUUGCUUGUUUGGAGGGGAAGGAUGGAUCAUUAUCUGAUAUACAAAGAUUCACUAAUGCCAAUGUACAAAUCUUACCAAAAGAGGAUCUUCCCCCGUGUGCAUUGGAGGCUGAUGAACUUGUACAGAUUGUAGGGGAGAUCAGAGCAGCUCGAAAUGCUCUUGUCCAUGUUACUGCAAAGUUGCGGAGUUAUUUGUAUCGUGACAUCUCUGGACCAAAGGAUAUGCUUCCACCAUCUAUUGCUGCCCCAAGCCAUGUUGGUAGCAUUGGUGGGCAUGAAUCUGGCUCUCCUAUUAAAGCUUCAACUCGUGAAACUUAUCUGGGAAGUGAUCCUCCCAUUGCAAUGUAUCAAAACAUGCAUACUGCAACAACUGCCUGGCAACCAAAGGACACUGGAGGAUGUGCAAGUGGAUCAUUUGAGCAGGAAGAGAGCAAUGUUAAUGAUGAAGGGAGGCAGAGUGGUGUGAAAAGACUCAGUGUACCGCUAAUCACCAGAAGCACACUGGAAGUUAUAAUACCCAGACAUGCAGUUCCAAGCCUGAUAUUGAGAUCAGGAAGCAAGCUUGCUCAGAUCAGUGAGAUGUCUGGGGCAACUGUCACCCUUAUUGAAGAUAAAUCUGAAUUGGCUGAAAAGGUUGUUCAAAUAUCAGGAAGUCCAGAGCAGGCUGAGAGAGCCCAGAGCCUGCUCCAGGGAUUUAUACUUAGUACACAAGAUGACAUUCCUUCGAGCUAAUCCAAAGUACUGCUAUGCCGAAGCUCACUUCAUGCAGAGCAACAAUACCUUUUUUUUUGGCACUUCUCACUUGUUGUUUUCUGGACCAUUUACUGAAAGAAUGAAUGGAAAGUUUGCCAAGACUUGUAUAAAGGCCAAAUCAACCCCAAACAACAAUGGCUUCCAUGCAUAAGAUGCUCCAAAUAUGACCAUGGAGAACAUUGUUUCAUAAGAAUCUGAGUUGAAUCAAUAGAUGUUACUUGUUUCAUGCAUUGGCGUGUCAGCGGCAAAUGGUACAUGUUAGUUUGGUGCUUCAUGCAAUAAUUUACGAGCAGCAGAUUGGAGCUCCUAAUGGGUCACGUGUUUGGAAUCCUGAGUUGGGAGAUGUAUUUUUAUCAAUUUGUCAUCUAUCAGAUCUUGAACUGAUAAGCGGCUUCUUAUCAUGGCUCAUUGUGGGGAGUUCGUUGCUGUAUUUUUUGGGUUUUCAACCUGACCUACAUUGCAUGGUAGAGGAGCAAAAAGCACUUUGUUCAUGAGUUUUAAGCAAUAUCUUUUUUAUGAACCAAAGACUUCAUGAUGGAGCAGAAGUGAUGAUGAGAUUUUUAGCUGCUGCUUCACCUAUAUGAUUGAAAGGCCUCAGCGAUUCUCUGAGUAUGUUAUCAGCUGGAAGGGAGUGUAAUUGCGGGGGUUUUUGGCUGCUGGCUGUUGUCCCCCUCUACUCGUUACCACCCAUAAAUGGAGUUUUCAUCUCAACUGAGUUCUCCACCGAGAUGCUGAUAUGUACUGCUGCAGCACCACCUGACAUGAUGUUAUUAAACAUUGCCUGUUACCAUCAAUGCUGAUAAAAAGAUUUAUCUGAAGAUAUUGGCCAGAAUGAUAUUAAAUAUUGAGAGACUUUUUUUUCUUGUACGAUCUAACAAUGGAGUUUUAAGCACUUGAUCAGUUUUUACGGUGUUGACAUUGUUCAGGAUACUUAGCAUGGUCAUUUGAUUUUGGCUUUAGCUUUAACAGACAUCAAUGGCAAUCUCCAUCUCACAUAGAGUUGGUCAACAAAUGAUGCGGAAAAAAUAAAUUUGUUCGAAGAAAAGCGCACAGAGAGUUGGUCAACAACGCAGGAUGAGGGGAAAAAACCAGAAAUUUUCCACUAAGUUUGCUUGUAGUCUCUCUGGUCAUUUUUUUUUUCGGUACGGAGCCUCUGUGGUCUUUAUCCACCAAAAUCCGACGGGCUAAAAGGGGGAGCCGUUAACGAUGGUGGGUAGUAUCUCGGGUUUUUCCCUUCGAGCAGCAGCAAAAAUAAAAGAUUUCCUUCUAGAAUCUG